CUUUAAAGAUUUAGCCCCUUUUUAAAGUAACGACCGCGCGCCGAGCGCGAUUUUCUGCAGUCGCGUUUAGUGAAUUUAGUGAAUUUGACGGAUCGCGGAGCGGUGAAUUACAGCGAGGUUAACGGCGAAUGGCAGAACCUUUCUCGGAAAAUCGAUUAAAUCCAGGCAGACUGUGGAGACCCGCGACUACAUUCAUGUUGUCGCGUGAUCGUCGCCGUUGUUCGCUAUAGAGAGCUUGGCUGAUGGCGGCUGUCAACCCACGGCGCAUCUCAGCCCACGGUCGAACGAUUCCCGGCCGUUUCUCGGAAAAUCUCGCUUGUCCAGCUCUGAAAAUAGACACGGCGCGCCCGCGCUGAACGCAUUCGCGACACAAUUUAUGCGAUCGUUCAACUAGGGAGCCACUUAUAUGACAUCGGGCAAGGAAACGAUGGGUGAGCAACCGAUUUUUACGUGCAAAGCGCACGUAUUUCACAUUGACCCAAAAACCAAGCGUUCUUGGGUAUCUGCGUCAACGGCAGCAGUGUCGGUUUCAUUCUUCUAUGAUUCCACCAGAAGUUUAUAUAGAAUAAUCUCAGUUGAGGGAACAAAGGCCGUUAUAAAUAGCACAAUUACCCCAAAUAUGACCUUCACAAAGACCUCGCAAAAAUUUGGCCAGUGGUCGGAUGUUAGAGCAAACACUGUAUACGGCUUGGGUUUCUCAUCCGAGGCUGAGCUGGGCAAGUUCAUCGAAAAGUUUCACGAAGUAAAAGAAGCCACCAAGUUAGCUAGCGCCAAGUUACAGUCAAACAGUUCUUCGGUUACGCCGGCCACCAGCGCAAAUGUCAGCCCAAUUACAUCUCGAUCGGGUAUGCCAUCGUCGGAGCAAGAUCUGAUUGAUCCGCCAAACUCCUCGAUGAUUAAUUCCAACGUGUCAGCGUCCAACAACCCGAAUCCAAAUGCCAACAUGAUCUCCGCUCAGAACAGUGUAUCUUCGGUAAGCAGCAGUCCUUUACCUGAUAGUUGUCAAAAUAAAAUGGACGACGAAUUGAAAAACACAGUCCAUUCAAGAUCACAGAGUGUUUCUCAGCAGAGUACAGAUAGUCCGCAGCAUCAAGGGAAAUCGGCGCAAUUGAGUGCUACACAAAGUGGGCAGUCCGCUGAGGUGCAGCUCAAGUAUGAGAAUGAUAGGCUGAAACUCGCUCUAGCUCAAAGCUCUGCUAACGCAAAGAAAUGGGAGGUCGAGCUAACUGCUCUCAAAACCAGCAAUGCGAGAUUAACGAGCGCGUUGCAAGAAUCCACAGCUAAUGUUGACGAAUGGAAGAGGCAGCUGCAGUCGUACAAAGAGGAAAACGCCAGGAUAAAAGCCAAGUAUGCCGAUUUGGAAGCUGGGAAAAUUGCGGAAGGCAACAGCGAAGCCCUAAGAUUGAGAGUCGAAGCACUGGAAAGUGAGUUGAGAACGCGAAAUGAAGAAAUCAAAGCUCUCACAAUGGCCAAUAAAAAUAAGGAUUUUGUGGCUCUGCAAAAGGAGAAUGGGGAACUGCGCGAUAUGUUGAAUGUAGUUCAUGAACAAUUGGAAAUUGCGAUGAGUGCGAACAAGGUCCAAAAGCAAAAUUUGGAAACGUUAAACGCCAGAUUAGAUGGCUUCAUACAGGGUUUGGUAACUAUACAUCGAGAAAUUACGCAUACACUGCAAACUUAAGUUUGCAUCAUAGGAAACCUAAGAAUGCCUUUCUUAGGUCUUUUGUAUUUACUUCUAAGCGCGAUGUACGAAUGGACGAUAUAGAGAUUAAUACGAAAGGGAGAUGUUCCAUAAAAAUCGGUUGCUAAUCGAUCGAACGGAAGAGAUUAUAGGAUAACACACACCGAGAGAAAUUAGUCGUCUCGAAAAUACACUACGGAAAAAAUCGCUCCCUCUAACAUGUAUUUAUAUAUGAAUCGACCUGACGUUAGUGUUUAGCGUUUCUCUUUAGGAAUAAGUUUCGUGCCAUAAUCGUGCUAUUGUUACGCAGGAUACGACACUUAACUUUACCACCUUUCUUUUCUUUCGUUCUUUCUUUCUUUUUUCUUACUUCCUUCCUCCCGAUAUUGUUUCGAUAUUGUAUUCGAAACAUUGUAAAUCUAGUCUAAAAUUUGUAUUCGACUUUGUCGUUGAAGUUGUGAAGAUGACCUAGGAUUUUUCUUCCUCUGAUGAUUUAAAUUGUUUUUCGUAUAUAUCUUUUCUCUGGUAAUUUUCGGAUCAAAGUUCUACGAGACUUCGGCUGCGUUCCGAUAUUCACUGCCAGUAUUGCAAAUAUAUAGUUUGUGUCACAUAUACUAUAGAUUUUCAGCACUGGUAGUGAAUAUCGGAACGCAGCCUCAGUCUCGCGCGCGCAUACGCCGCGUAUUGUCUAGAUAUUUUUAUAUUUGAUAAGAAAUAAAGGAUUUUCUCAUUAGCAAAAGGAGAUUAGGAGAUGGAGCAGGCUUUCCCCGUAAGAUUUUCGUAUGAAGUUUCAUGGUUACUUUAAUAGCUUUACUGAUAAAAUUAAUAUAUACUUAAACUUUCCUUUCCCUCUUACUCUUUUAAUCGAGUUUGCGGGUUUUAUGUAGGACAGAUGCCAUUUCUCGAAAGUUGAUUGCGUGCAUACAAAUAUUUAUCUGAAUAUAUAACGUCAGUAAAAAUCGCGAUUUUUACUUUUACACAAAGUGAUACGAAGCAAAGAAGUAGUGCUUGUACAUAUAUAAGCAAUAAAAGAAAAGGGAAAGAAAAGAAGCAAAUAAUAUAUGGACAAUAAAGAGAUCAAUUUUAAAUAAUUUUUAAGAGAUCAAUUUUAAAU